UGCUGUGGACUUAAUUAUAACAGAUUGGUGUGUACGUGGUCGUGUGUGUCGAGGAGGAGGUGGGAAAAAAUACAAUUUUAAUAAUUUUGCGAGUUUUAAAGCAGGUGAAAGCGGGCUGUAAGGUUAGCGUGCGCUGUGUUUUUACAUGUCUCCUCAGCUCAGAGGGCCGCUGUUGUAUAAUUAUAAGGGAAGCAGCAGCAUCUCGUGGUGGUAUUUGGAGCCCAGCAGGCGUGGAAAGAAAGUGCGUUGUUGUUAGUUGACACUGCUCAUCAUCCUCAUCCUCAUCCGGCCUGCUGCGAAGCGAAGCCGGGAGCUGGAGUUUGAAACGGAGCGCUCACAAUGGCGGUAAACCUGGAUAAGGACGCAUACUACCGCCGGAUCAAGAGACUAUACAGCAACUGGAAGAAGGGAGAAGAUGAGUUUGGCAAAGUCGACGCUAUCGUGGUGUCUGUGGGGGUUGAUGAGGAAAUUGUGUAUGCCAAAUCCACAGCCAUACAGCAUCUUUUUAUUAGUGUAUUACUUGUCUUUCAGAACGAGAGCAACAAGGCCAACUUUGACAAGAUGAUCGAGGCGAUCAGAGGUAGCAAAGAGGGCAAGACGGUGGGUGUGUUCAGCAAAGACAAAUUCCCAGGAGAGUACAUGAAGAGCUGGAAUGACACGCUUUCUGCUGAGGGACUGGAGAAGGUGGACAUCAGUGCUGUGGUCGCCUACACGAUGGCGGUGAAGGAAGACGGAGAGCUGGCCCUGAUGAAGAAAGCGGCAGCCAUUACCAGCGAGGUUUACUCAAAGUUUUUCAAGGAGCGCGUGAUGGAGAUUGUUGAUGCUGAUGAGAAAGUGCGUCACAGCAAGCUGGCGGAGUCGGUGGAGAAGGCCAUCGAGGAAAAGAAGUACCUGGGCGGUGCGGAUCCGUCCACCGUGGAAAUGUGUUAUCCUCCCAUCAUCCAGAGCGGCGGGAACUACAGUCUCAAGUUCAGCGUGGUCAGGUGUGUGCAGGUCCAGUCUCACUAAAAGCCAGGAGGCAUUUGCAGCUGGUUUUGUCACAAUUAAAUAAAUUGGUUUUGGUAGUGCUGGAAAUGUAUUAAUUUAUUGUUUUAUUCACCUUCACAAGAGCUUCAGGGUUGGUCCUAGUUGAUUUUCAAGGAGUAAAAACUUAAAGAAAUCCAAAAUGGAGUCAAAAUCUGUGACGCAUACAAUGCAGUCAUGGAGUACGUGAAGAAAGAGAAGCCGGAGCUCGCGCAGAAGCUGACCAAAAACCUCGGUUUUGCGAUGGGGAUCGAGUUCAGAGAAGGGUCGCUGGUUUUGAACGCCAAAAAUCAGUACAGACUAAAAAAAGGGAUAGUGCUCAGCGUCAGCCUGGGUUUUUCUGACUUGGUGAAUAAAGAUGCGAAGAAAGAAGAGCAGAAGAAGUACGCCUUGUUUCUUGGUGACACUAUACAGAUCAAUGAGGAGGAGGCCGCCACAGUCCUCACACCGGUGAAGAAAAAGAUCAAAAACGUGGGAAUCUUCCUAAAGAAUGACGACGAAGAGGAUGAGGAGGAAGAGGUCGACGACGCAGAGGAGCUGCUGGGGAAAGGCGCGCGCAGUGCCGCUCUGCUCGCAGACAGAACCAGGAACGAGAUGACGGCGGAGGAGAAGAGGCGGGCUCACCAGAAGGAGUUGGCCAAUCACUUGAAUGAAGAAGCCAAGCGCCGUCUGACGGAGCAGAAAGGAGAGCAGCAGAUCCAGAAGGCCAGGAAAUCUAACGUCUCCUAUAAGAACGUGUCUCAGAUGCCCAGAGAAAAGGACAUCCGGGACAUGAAGAUCUUCAUCGACAAGAAGUAUGAGACUGUCGUCAUGCCUGUCUUUGGCAUCGCCACACCAUUUCACAUCGCCACCAUCAAGAACAUCAGUAUGUCUGUAGAAGGAGACUACACCUACCUGAGGAUCAACUUCUACGUCCCUGGCAGCUCACUGGGCCGACAGGAGGGAAACAUCUUCCCCAACCCUGAAGCCACAUUCGUCAAAGAAAUCACGUACCGGGCGUCCAACCUGAAGGCUCCCGGCGACACAUCGGUGCCCUCCACCAACCUGCAGAACGCCUUCCGCAUCAUCAAGGAGGUGCAGAAGCGCUACAAAACACGAGAGGCCGAAGAGAAGGAGAAGGAGGGCAUCGUCAAGCAAGACUCGCUGGUCAUCAACCUCAACCGCAGCAACCCCAAACUCAAAGACCUCUACAUCAGACCCAACAUCGCACAGAAGAGGAUGCAGGGCUCGCUGGAGGCUCAUACUAAUGGUUUCCGUUUCACGUCGGUCCGAGGUGACAAAGUGGACAUUCUUUACAACAACAUCAAACACGCCAUCUUCCAGCCGUGUGACGGUGAGAUGAUCAUCGUACUGCACUUCCACCUCAAGAACGCCAUCAUGUUUGGUAAGAGACGCCACACGGACGUCCAGUUCUACACAGAGGUGGGCGAGAUCACCACAGACUUGGGCAAACACCAACACAUGCACGACCGAGACGACCUGUACGCCGAGCAGAUGGAGCGUGAGAUGAGGCACAAGCUCAAGUCGGCCUUCAAGAACUUCAUCGAGAAGGUGGAGACGUUGACUAAAGAGGAGUUGGAGUUCGAGGUGCCCUUCAGAGACCUGGGGUUCCAGGGCGCCCCCUACAGGAGUACCUGCCUGCUACAACCCACGUCCAGUUCUCUUGUCAAUGUUACUGAAUGGCCGCCGUUUGUAGUUACUCUAGACGAGGUGGAGCUGGUUCACUUUGAGCGCGUGCAGUUCCACCUGAAGAACUUUGACGUGGUCAUCGUUUACAAGGACUACAACAAGAAGGUCACCAUGAUCAACGCUGUGCCCGUGAACUCCCUUGACCCUAUCAAAGAGUGGCUCAACUCUUGUGACAUCAAGUACACAGAGGGCGUCCAGUCUCUGAACUGGACCAAGAUCAUGAAGACCAUCGUUGACGACCCAGAGGGGUUCUUCGAGCAGGGGGGCUGGUCUUUCUUGGAUCCAGAGAGUGAGGGAAGCGGCGCCGAGGAAGAUUCAGAGUCAGAAAUGGAGGAUGAGACGUUCAACCCAUCUGCAGAUGAAGAAGAAGAGGAAGAGGAAGACAGUGAUGAGGAUUACAGCUCAGAGACGGAGGACUCUGAUUACAGCGCGUCAAUGGGCAGUGAGGAGGAGAGCGGGAAAGACUGGGAUGAACUGGAGGAAGAAGCCAGGAAAGCUGACAGAGAGAGCCACUAUGAGGACGAGGACACCUCCAACAGGAAGAGGAAGGUGCGGCCAUCAGCCCCGCCGAGCAAGAAGAAGCGACGGCACUAAACGUCCCAAACAUCCAUUCAUACUGCCAAACCCGACCCUCCCUCCCACCACGGCCGGCUCCCCACACUUCACACAGACACACACCUGCGCUCAGACACACACCGUGUACAUAGACGUAGACACCGCCCCCUUUGUUUAUUUUUUAGUUGUUGUCGGUGAAGUGUCAUGUUGCAGAACCAGCAGGACAGCCACACUUCAUUCAUUACCUUCGUUUUCCCACCUUCGUUCAUCCAUCCAUCAGGGUUUAUUGUCUGUGUGUGUGUGUCUGCGAGUGCGUGCGAGUGUGGUUAAAUGGGUUUUUAUUGCAAGCAUUGUUUAUUUUCUGUUAAAGAAAGCUGAGUUUCUUAACUAAUGGAUAAUAAAUAAAAAGACUUGACAUCUCCUCUGCCAAGUGUUUUAUAUAAACUGA